AUGUCAUCGACGUCUUCGCUGGCCGGGAGAAAACUUGUACUUAGUACCCUCCUCGAGACGGAUCACUACGAGAGCCUCAUCAAAGAUUUAACAUGUACGAAAUGCAACAAAUACAUGAAACCUCCGAUCCACUUGUGUGUAGACGGGCACAGCUUAUGUGGUCCGUGUUUCGAGAAGAGCUACCAGUGUCACCUGUGUAAGAAAGAGUUCGCCCUUGUCCGUCCGAUGGUGUUGGAGUCUUUGGCUAACAAGGUCUUGUUUCCAUGCACGAACGAAGGCUGUCCAAAACAUGCGAAUCUACCAUUGCUCGAGAAGCACAUUCCCCAUUGUCAAUUCCGAAUCAUUAACUGUUUCAUGGCACGAGUAUAUGGCGAUUGUUCCUGGGAAGGACGCGCUGGUGAAUGGAUGGAUCAUUGCUUUGUAGCGCAUAAGCAGAAAGUUACCGAAUUGCCGUUCAUUACUAUAAAGGAUAAGUGGGACGCAAAGAGAACGGAACCAGUCCUAAAUUAUUUCUUAAUGAAAUGUUACGAGAAAGUGUUUAAUGUCUAUCAGAUUUACGAUAAACGAGGAGGAAGAAUGAUGUGGACUGUACUAGUGAACGAUGACAAUGCAGAUAAAUUUUAUUUCGAAAUCGAUUUAUUCUUGCCAAAUUUGCCGAGUAAAAGAAUUAUUUACAGGAGACCUUGUAAGUGCGAAAAGGAUGCGGAUUUCUUAGAGCACACGCAAAACGUGUACAUUCCCGUUGAAAACGUUUUCUCCAUGCUAGACGAAAGUGAAUCAAUGAAUUUUACCGUAAGAAUAGGUGAAGUUGAGAACUUGCCGUUGCUCGAGACCCCCACUGAGAGCGAGAGUUUAAUACUGCUUCAUAAUGAUGAUUUUAAAGAACAAGACCAU